AUGACCAACUCGAUCGAACACAAACCCAUCACAGCUGUCCUGAACUAUUGCACCCCGUCACAGUCGUUUGGUCCUUCGGAGCGUCCACUUCGCUAUGCAUAUGAACCUCCCCCCGCAGGGAGGCCUGAAACCAACGAGGCUCUCGAGGCUCAACUGAUGCCCAUACACGACGUUCGCGGGAGAAAGGAUAUCGGUCUUGAUAUGAGCGGCUUUGCGGUUCUGGAAGCCAUUCCAGAUCAUCACCCCAGCGUAUACGAGGACGAGAACUGGAUCAAGACGCACUAG